AUGAAGUCCCCCCUCCCCCGUGUGUUUAAUCAAGUCCGUCCCCUCGUCCAUCGCAAAUCAAAGCAUCCCUUUUUACCACACUGCAAAGUCUUGCCUUUUCUUCUUUCGUUUUCAUAUUCACAAUUUUGCAAAUCUUUCGAAAACUUGCUCCACAGGUGUGUGAGAAUGGUGAGAGGAAAAACUCAGAUGAGGCGUAUAGAAAACGCCACCAGCAGGCAAGUGACCUUUUCCAAGAGAAGAAAUGGGCUGCUGAAAAAAGCAUUUGAGCUUUCAGUUCUUUGUGAUGCUGAGGUUGCACUGAUUAUCUUUUCUCCCAGAGGCAAACUCUAUGAAUUUUCCAGUUCAAGCACACGGGAGACCGUUGAACGUUACCAGAAGCAUACUAAAGAUAAUCAUGCUGAAAAACACCCUCCAGAUGAACAAAAUAUGCAGCAGUUAAAGCAUGAGACAGCGACUAUGAAGAAGAAGAUAGAACUUCUUGAAAUUUCUAAACGGAGACUUUUGGGGGAAGGUUUGGGACAAUGUUCCAUUCAAGAACUACAACAGCUAGAACAGCAGUUGGAGCGAAGUGUCGGGAUCAUUCGUGCAAGAAAGAUGCAAGUUUUCAUGCAACAAAUUGAGGACUUAAAGGAAAAGGGAAAAGCUCUAGCAGCUGAAAAUGCAAUGCUGUGUGAGAAGUUUGGACUCGAACCACAACAAGGAUCAAAUGAAGAGAGAGCAACUGUGGCAUGUACAGAUAAUAGUGAAGUUUCAGAUGUUGAGACUGAAUUGUUCAUUGGACCUCCAGAAACCAGAAAUAGCAUGUAG